CACUCCCCCUUGUUCAUCCAUUGAGUUUCCACCCAUAUGUUUACGUGUGUUGUGGUGAAAAAUGGCGACUUUAAAGACAGUGAGCCGCAAUUUACCUUUCGUGAAGCAGCAAUUAGGAGCGCUCACGUCGAACACUAGCAUAUUUUUUAAAUUAAUUAGUUCCUUAACCGUGUGCUGUUAUUUUCUUUCCUAUUCGGACUACAUGGUGGAUAUAUUGAGCGUUACACCAGGAUACUUCUUGCCACCCACCUUCCGAAUAUACUCUGCGUUUACAUUCUGUUUUCUCGAGCUGCAUUUCUGGGAGUUGCUGAUCGACGUGCUUACUCUUGUGCUCUGCGGGAAACUGAUCGAGCCAUUAUGGGGUCUAGUCGAGAUGCUCAUUUUCUUCGGAGUGGUGAACCUCAGUGUAGCUGUCCUGUCAGCUUUCUUCUAUUUAUUCCUCUACAUGUGCUCGUCCAACACAGAACUGCUGUUCGAAGUGCACAUUCACGGCAUGGCUGGCUACAUCGCAGCCCUCUCAGUGGCUGUCAAGCAGAUCAUGCCUGAGCAUUUGGUCUUUCGGUCUCCCAUAGGGAAAAUCACAAACAGGAAUAUUCCUCUGUGCGUUCUUGGCCUGUCACUGAUUCUAUACCUGGUUGGCUUAAUCGAAGGAACCUACCCUACCAUGUAUGCCUGCGGAUUCCUCGUCAGCUGGACCUACUUGCGAUUUUACCAGCGACACUCAAACGGUACAAAGGGCGACAUGGCAGAGAGCUUCUGCUUUGCUAAUUUCUUCCCUAAUGUGGUGCAGCCACCAAUCGCAGUCAUUAGCAAUACAAUUCACGGUUUGCUAGUAAGUGCAGGAUUAUGCCAGAAACCAGUGAGGAAAUAUGAUAUGGGAUCGUCCACUGCUAUCACAAUCAGCCUGCCGGGCAGUGAACCGCACGACCAGGAUAGAAGGAGAGAAAAGGCGUUGAAGGCUUUGAGCGAGCGACUCAGCAAAUUUGACCCAAGCACAUCCUCCAACGUUGCUCCCAACCCAUCAUGGCAACCCAAGCCAGCCUGGACGGGCACUUCCAACAAGCCCAGCACCACCAAGUCGGUCACGAUCGCCAUGCCUGAGGUCACACCAGUUUCUGCGGCAACCGGGCCAGGAGCAGCGGCCGCGGCAGUCAUGCAGGCAGUCGGCUCGAUCGACUCCUCUUCCGAGAAGGAGCCACUGAUCACGUCCUCAUCCUCCGAAUGAACUAAGACUGACUUCCUAGUUGAUAGUUUUAAAGCGUCUGUGAGUGACCAGGCUGGCCAUUGGACUAUCAGAGUGAGAGAACGCAUGUUGACGAUCGAAUGACGUGUCUUUUAAGUGACUGUAAUUUAGGGAUACUUGAUGUGCUCGAAUCUGAAUGUUUGUGAUAAGGGUUAUUGUUAUUCAGUCUGGAAAUCUAAAUGGAAAAUAGCACUACAGAGUUUUUAAGAUGAUGUUCUUACUAAGCCAAAAUUUACCGUUUCUUUCGACCACUAAGGAACGCGAUUUGAGCAAAUCUAGAAACCACAGUCAACUCUGUUCACCAGCAUGUUAACCAUUGCCUGCUCCCGUACAGUAAGUGUUGUGAAUUCAUUGCACAGUUUUUAUAUAACAUAAAAAUGUUGAGAACACUUUGUUCGCACUACAGUUGCAGGUUUCAAGCAAACUAUUAACCUAUUUAAUUCCAAGGCGCUGAAAAUUUUUGUUGAAGUCCAAAGAGUAUUGAAUAAAGUGGUUUUUAUUAAAAAAAA